AACGAAAUAAAACUAAACAAAUGUCUGAAAUGUCAGCAUAGUAUUAGAUCUAGAUCUAUAAGAUCUUAUAGAUUAUUAUUUUUAUUAAUUACAUAGAAUCUAGACUAGUUAGUCAGAGAUCUAGAUUCUCUUGCCACUCUUGUUGGUCAACUUCAAGUAAAAGUAUAAAGUCUUUCAAUAAAAAAUAAUACCAUAAAAUGAGGUUUUCUAAUUGGAUUAUUUCACCUUACCAACAUUUCAAGAUUUAAUGAAUCAUGAAUGAAGAUGCUCUAGUUACAGUAAAUCCAGACAAUGAAAAUGUAAAAACACCAACUGUAGAUCCUUCAACUUUAGUUGCACAGUUAAAUAUAGAAGAUCACAAAGAAUGCAAUGUGUCUCAAGAACCUUUGAUGAAGUUAUUGUUAGUGGAUAAAUUUACAACUACAGAAACACCUAAGCAGUAUACAAUUGGAAGAUUGUUAGGAUCAGGAGGAUAUGGGAGAGUCUACCUCUGCUGUGAUUCCAGCACUUCUAUAUUGUUCGCAAUGAAACAAGUUGAUCUUGGUAACUUGAACAGUCACAUUUCCAAGGAAGUUCAAGCACUGAUCAAUGAAGUUCAGAUUCUUAGUAAAAUUCAACAUGAAAGAGUUGUGCAAUACUUGGGCUGCCAAGAAAACAAAGAAUCAUUAUCAAUCUUCUUAGAGUAUAUGCCUGGGGGUUCACUUUUAAAUCACAUGCAGCAGUUUGGUCCACUGACAGAAGCUGUAGCUGGGAACUGUACAAAACAGAUCUUGGAAGGAUUGGUAUUUUUACAUAAAAAUAACAUUGUCCAUAGGGAUAUUAAAGCUGCCAACAUUCUCAGAGACACUGUGGGUAACAUCAAACUAACUGAUUUUGGAGUUUCUAAACAGCUUCACAGCAUUUCUUGUGCAUCUGGUUUAAGUACAACAAUCGGAUCACCUUACUGGAUGGCCCCUGAAGUAAUCAAAGAGGCGGGAUAUGGUCAGAAUGCAGACUUAUGGAGUGUUGGUUGCACUGUUGUUGAAAUGUUGACUACAAAGCCACCAUUUUCUCACCUAGAACCCUGUGCUGCCAUCUACAAGAUAGUUACUUGCAAAUAUCCAGAGUAUGAGUUGCCAGCUGGCACGUCUGACCUUGUUAAGAACUUUCUCAACACAGCAUUUCAACUCAAUAGUUCUAAGCGAAAGUCAGCAUCUGAGUUACUUUAUCAUUCUUUUAUUACUGGCAAUUCAGUGAGAGAGUCCGGAGAAAUCAUUAUGGCACAAUCUAAAGAUAAUUCCAAGAGAAUUUCAAAAGUUGUGGCUUUAGGUUAUGUCAACAGUGGUAAAUCUUGCCUUAUUCAUCGCUAUGUUCACGGAGAGUUCAAAAUUGUUUAUGCUACUAUUGGUGCUAAUAUGAGCAGGGUGAUGUAUGGUGAUAACAAGUUUGACAUUUGGGACACUAAUGGGCUCGAAUCAACUGUAUCUCUUACUUCUUUGUACUGCAGAGAUGCUGGGGCUGCCAUUUUAUUCUUUGCUUUAAAUUCUAGAAAAUCUUUUGAUGUUUUAAAGGAUACAUUUGAACCACUUUUGAAAUUCACUGCCACCAAUAGCCCAAAGGUUGUUGUGGGCACAAAACUGGAUGAUCCAAAGCGUGAGGUAACUAAAGAAGAGGGCGAGGAAUACGCCAGACAGUUGAACACGCCAGAGAAUCUGGAGAGGAUGUCGCAAGUCCCUUACUUUGAGACCUCAAGUCUCAGGAAUGAGAAUGUUAGAGAAAUGUUUGAGUUUGUCUUCAAGAGCUGCUUACCUCCACUUGAGAGGGAGACAGAGACAGAGACAUGGAAGUCAAGUCUAAGAAAGUUCUUGUUUAGAUGAUAUCAGAAUAAUUUGGGUUUUGUUUUGUUUUUUAAUUCAUCACUGAUACAGCUUUGAUUACUUUCAAUGAUAAUGUUAUUUGGUUUUCCUUAUUAAUAACAUUUAUUUUUAAAAGUUUUUUUUUUUUUAAGGCUCAACAGCCCUUACACCAGGGCCCACCCAGUCAUAAACCUUAAGGAUUGGACAUUUUUUUUUCUGAAUUGUUUUGAGGCAAUUUCAUUUGUGUUAUAGAUUGUUUCUUUGCUAAUGCUGUUUUUUUUUAAUAUUGAUAUGUCCUGAUACCUUUUUCUAUAGUAUUCUUAUCAAUUUUUUUGAAAAUUGUCAAAUUUCUUAAUAUAUAAAUGCAUUGUAUAUUAUGUCUGGCACAAUUAUUUAAUUUCCGAUUUUUUUUUAUUUUUUUUUUUUAACUUUUUCAGUUUUUGUUAUGUACCUACAAAAUUUCCAACACAAUUUCAUUGAACUUUUGUAAAUAAAAAAUUUUUAAUGGAUCAAAAUAUUCAACCAGAAAAGAAAAAAAAAUACUUUCAUCUAUAAAGCCAUGUACACCAAACAGCCAAAUUGUCUGACUGACCCAUGCCAAAACAGUCCUUCAAAGCCUGAACGACUUGGACACUUCUUUAUAUAAAACAACUCAUGACAGCCCUUGUAAACCUUAACACCAACAGCAAGGAAAACUGUUCUUCAAUGGAUCACAGCACACAUUGAACUAGAAGUCAAUGAAAAAGCAGACAUGCUGGCCAAAGAUGGAAGAAUAAACAAACAAAUGAAAAUCUCUCUCUACCCAGAAGAAAUGAUGAAAAUAAUAGAGUGUAGAAUAAAUGAGAAUUGGACCAUCUCACAUCCCAAUUACAAGAAAGAUGGCGCCUAUUAUAAUCUCGACAUGACCAACGCAUAAUUUUUUGCCUCAGGGCCGGACACAACAGAAUGACACAACAUGUGUUCCGGAAGCUUAAAGUUGGGACCAGCAAAACUUGCCCUUGUGGAGCACCACCAGACAAUGCUGACCAUUUCCUUCAAAGCUGCAUACUAUAUGAAGAGGCCCGAACAAGACCAUGGCCUCAAAGCCUCAGAACAAAAACUAUAUGGAGAACUGCCUGAUCUGGAAACAACUGCACAGUUCAUCUCAGAUAUAGGAAUACUGAUCUGAAACCUCCGACAUGUAAAAUGAGAAUGAAGAAGAAGAAGAAUCUAUAAAGCAUCUUUUGAAGUUUAUAGACAAGAUAUUACAGUAAAUGUGGGCAAGCUGAAUUGUAAACUUAAUUAUUGUAAAUGAGAAAAAAAAAUGUUGUCAAUGUGUUGUACAUGAAUAUUGUUAUUGUAGGCUUAUAUCUACAAGGGAAAAGUGGUUGCCAACAUGUGGCAUCAGAACUAAGAUUCAUGAGAUUAGAUCCAUCUAGUGGCUAGGAUUUUAGGAAACCCUCAGGUCCUGUAAGCUAUGAUAUGUGCCUGGCCAAAUUUAGGGUAGUCAAGCUGAUUUCAUGACAGCCUGGCCCUGUAGCACCCUGCGGCUACAUGAUGUUAUGGUUAGUAUUGAAAUGAUAGAUGACAGUGUGUCUUUAAGCUGACUAGCACAAGAACAUGUCAAUGGAACUCCAAUUUGAAGUAUAAAAGAAAAAAUGUUUAGAAAUUCUUUAAUUUAUUUAUCAAUAUAAUGUACCAAAGCUGUUUAUGGUGCAGACACACUUUGCUGUUCCCAGAUUGAUACUCUGCCUUUAAGCUGUAGAGACAAUAGCCUCAUUUGAUACCCAAUCUGUUUAAUUAUGAAUAGAUUAGCAUUUGCUAUUCAUCUUGAAAGUGGUAAAUAUGCAAAUGUAUAUGUGCUGUGCAUUAACUCCUAAUCUAUCAAAACUAUACAACUUUUAAAAUACUUUAACAAAUGUAACAGAUGACCUGCCAAAUCAGCUGGCCACAUAUAAGUGCAUGGAAAGACUCAUGAGACUAAAUAUAUUUUUGUUGAUUCUACCAAUAAACUCUCCUAAACAAUAUAUUUGUUACACCUUUAUGUGUUUUCACAAUGAAGUACUUUAUAGCAAUUAUCUGAGAUUUGAAAUUGCUUGUAUGUUAUGUAUAUACAGUAGUUACAGUUGGACAAUAACAUUUUAAAAUUAAACUGGAUGCUGAAUCUUUCAUAAACUUUUAGUACUAUUGUA